AGGUCUCCACAUGCUCGCAGUCUUUAUUCUUCUUUGUUGCAGGUAAAGAAUUCCUUCUCUCAACAUUUUACUGAAGGGGAGCCAUUAUGGGGGACAGUGACGACGAACACGACAGGAGACGGGCUCGAGAUAAAUUUCGUAGAGAAAGAAGUGAUUAUAACGAUCGAAGACGCGACCGUGAAGAGAGAUCUUCACGUCGAGAUGAGUGGUCCGACAGACGCCGUGAACCAUCUUGGGAAAGUAGACGGCGAGGAGAGUAUAGAGAAUUUGAUCGAGGAAGAAGAGAUAGCUCUGGGAGACACCAAGAAAUGAGUCCUCCCAUAAAAAGAGUUAGAAGAGAUUGGGAUGAGCCGUAUCAUGGGGCAGGAGACUACAAUGUACCUUACAGUGGUGUUCCAACCCAUAACACAUGGUCACACCCAGAUGUUCAACAGCUACAAGCAUCACAGCAGCAGGAUGCUAGACAACAAAGGGUAGAAGUUGAACAACAGCCACACCCUCAAGCAAGUCCUGGCCCAGCCAUGAUGACUUUUAAACAGUUCCUUAAUGCUCAAGAUGACAAUAUUGGUGAUGAAGAAGCUUUUAGAAAAUAUCAAGAAUAUAAAAUGGAGUUCAGAAAAACUCAAAUUAACGAUUUCUUUUUGCAACACAAAGAGGAAGAAUGGUUUAGGAUGAAAUACCAUCCUAAAGAAAUGGCCCUUAAGCAAAAGGAAUAUAAAAAAUCAAUGCAGCGUCGCCUCUCUGUAUUUCUGAACUUACUUAAAAGUGGAAGGGCCGAUGAUAUAUCACUGGAUAUUGAUAACUCUGAAGCCAUCAUUAAACUUCUUGAUGCAGUGGUUAUCAAGUUAGAAGGAGGCUUGGAUAGUGAUCUGGUUGUGUUGGACUGUCCACCCACCCCUCCCCCUGAAAGAAGACGAUCAUCAUCAAAUCCUCUUAUGUCUCCACAAACUGAUGAUAUGGCAACUGAUGAUAAAAAAGAAGAAACCCUUAAAAAUAUGAAAGAAAUCAAAAAAGAUCCAGAAACUGGCCCUGUCUCACCAUCAUCUGUUCCUCUUCCAUCUGCCCCUCCACCAGCAUCAGCAAAAGCUGCUGCAACCAAAAAGGAGAAUGGGGAUGUGAAGGUUAUGUCCAUUAGUAAUCCCACUCUGGAGCAACAACAGCUUCAGCAUCAGGCUCAGCAGUACUACCAUCAGCAACAGCUCUAUUAUCAGCAACAGUAUUAUAGCAAUUAUGAUCCUCAACAACAGCAAGAACAAUAUUCAAAGCAAUAUCCACAGGGACAACAGCAAGAAUUGCCACAGACAUCCCAACCAGAUAAAGAUCCACCUGCACAACAGAAAGGCUCUAAAAAGGAAGAUGAGCCAAAAAAGAAACGGAAGAGACGCCAUCGUGAACCUUAUUAUUAUGAUGCCAUGGAUGAUGAUGAGAGCGAAAGUGAGUCUGAAUCUGACUCUGAGCCUGAGCCUGCUCCCCCUGGGGAAGAAAUGUCACCAAUGGAUACUGGAAAAGAGGAUGAAUUGUUGCCUCCAGGGGUAGAUGCUGGGCCAGAAGGUGUACAAGAAAACUUGCAGCAACCUGUGGUAGAUGACCCUAGCAAGGCAAGCCAGGUUGAAAACAUUGUUCAACUUCCUACCAGCUCAUCAAAUGCUAAACUGCAGACAUCGACUGAUCAUAAACCAGAUUCAUGUGAGCCUUCUGUGGGUUCCAGUCAGCCAGAGACAAGCACCAGUAGUAAUGGUGCUUUAACUGAGGGUGGGUCAUCUCAUGCUAUAGUUGAAACCAGUGGAGAAACAGAACUGUCAGAUGGCACACCUGCAGAUUCAACUCAAGGACUACAAGGAAAAGAAAGAAACCAGGAAUAUGAGGUUGAAACAAGCAGCACAGAGCAGGCAGAGAGUAGCUCAUCUGUUCCAGAAAAGGAUGCAUACCAAGUUGGUAGCACUGAUAAUGGCACCAGUACAAUGCAAAAAGAAGACAACAGUGAAAUUUUCCCAGAACCAAGCAGUAGUGAGGCCCAGGGUAAAGUAGUGUCCAUGGAGGCAGAGCCAUCAAGUGCAUCUUCCUUGCCAUCUGAACUGACCAAACCUGCAAGUGAACAGGUUCUCCAAAAAGCUGAAGCCAUGGAAGGAGGGGAAACUAAAGAGGAUUCCAACAAAGUUUCAGAAAAAAAGGAAAUUGUUGAAGAAACAAGUCCUGUCAAGGACAUCCCGAAAGAAAAUAAAGAAAAAAUGAUAGAAGAAAAAGAAAAAGAUACAACAGAAGAGGGAGAGGAAAAGGAUGAGGCAAAUGGUUCUGAUGGGAAGCAAGUCUGUGUGACAGCAGAACCCCGUGCAUUGCAUAAAACAUUUUCACUGUUUAUGAGAAGUGUACCACCAAACAUUUCUAAAGCUGACAUUUCUGCUAUUUGUAAAAGAUUCGCUGGAUUUCUUCGGGUUGCCCUGUCAGACCCCAGUCCUGAAAGAAAAUUUGUUAGACGAGGAUGGAUCACUUUUGACAGGAGUGUAAACAUAAAAGAAAUUUGUUGGGACUUGAAUAACAUACGGGUAAAAGAUGUGGAGUUGAGUCCAGUUGUGAAUAGGGAUCUUUCCCGGCGAGUUCGACCGGUGGCCGGUGCUGCUUUGGCUAAACAAGCCAUUCGGCAUGACAUCAAGUUAGCGGCGAGGCUCAUCAGAGAGUUUGAUAAGAGAGCUGCUUUAUAUGAGAAGGAGACCAAGGAAGAGACUGAAGCGAGGGAAAAGGCCGAGAAAGAAGCAGCUGAGAAAACGGAGGAGGGUGAAGAGUGUGAAGCUAAACCUGCUGAUGAAUGUGAAAUACCGGACCUCCCGAAUGAAAACCCGAUUCUCUCUUCUCUGUCGCAAGAUGCCGCCGAGGAAGAAGAAGGCGAGGAAAUGGAGCUUAUGCGAACAGCCUCAACUUCUCAGGGGGACACUGAGGAGAAACCCGAGGUUGAUUUAUCGUGUGACAGCAGUCUUAUGCGUGUGUUGGAUCGUUUGAUUCUGUAUUUAAGGGUGGUGCAUUCAGUGGAUUACUACAAUGGCACAGACUACCCUUACGAAGAUGAAAUGCCCAAUAGAUGUGGUAUCAUUCAUGUGCGUGGUGCCACGCCUGACAAGUGUACUCUGUCUGAAGUCCAAGAAUGGCAAACUGGAAUAAAUCAGAAGCUUGAACCAUUUCUACAAGAGAAAGAAUCGCUCAAGGAUGAAGAGGUUGCUCAGCUUGGAAAGAAAGACCCUGAAGCUGAAAUAGAGAAGUUUGUUGAAGCAAACACUCAGGAACUCGCGAAAGAUAAGUGGCUCUGCCCACUGAGUGGGAAAAAAUUCCGAGGUCCUGACUUUGUUCGAAAGCACAUCUUUAACAAACACAUGGAUAAAGUAGAAGCUGUCAAGAUGGAGGCCGAGUUUUUUAACAAUUACUUAUCAGAUCCCAGACGGCCACAAAUACCGGAAUUUCCCACACCUCAACGUCCACCUGGAAACCACGUGGGCCAAAUGUAUGGACAUCAGCCCGCGCAAACCAUGAUGGGAUGGGGUCCCAGGCCUCAAAUGGUGAUGUAUGGCCCUCGCGGACCUUAUACUCCCCCAGCAUACGGAGGCUACGGUCAUGAAAUGUAUGGCGGCAGAGGACAUACGUUUCCCCCCAAGCCACGCAGAUUUGGGUUUGGCGGAGGAAGAAAUAGAGUAAGCGAAAGGGGCGGUUUCCAUCGUGACCCCAGACAGAUUAUUCAGUAUAAAGACUUGGAUGCCCCAGACGAUGCAGAAGCCUUUUGAACUGCAUGAUAUGAUCAAUUACUCUGUUUAACCUACAACAUAAGUACCGUGAAACCUGAAGCAAACCAAACAAACAUUCAACCCAGAAAUGCGGACACUUGCUCUUGUAUUUAUUUUUAUUUACUCAGUUUUUCCUUGUAAUAUUCUUUGUUUUCAUCUUUGAAAUGAUUCUUCAUUUGUCGAAAUCUAAAAAAAAAAAGUGAAUAAAACUUGAU